UUGCCAUCAAUUGGCUUCAAAAGAGAACAGUUUACUGGAUCGAGCCCAGGAUGGAUAUUUUGGGUCCAGUGAUCCAAACUUCAACCACGUAACCCAUUUAACCAUUUGGACAGUCCGCAUUUCAGACUCGGGUCGGAUCUACUCGACUCCAUUGGACCCGGAACGAAGCUAGAACUAGAACCAAUGCUUGAUUGCAACAAUGGCGAGCAUGAACACUGCAAACAAAAGCACAAGAUUCUUCCCUUCACACCCUCACCACAGCGCCACUUUCUGCACCCGUAUCCACCAGAUCGCCGCCCUAGCCUUAGUCGUCGCCACUUUCUUCCUCACUAGACUCUUUGACCACUCUCUGGGACCCUGCUCUUCGCCGCACUUCAAUUCAUUCGCCGAUGUCAAUCGACAAUACGACGGCGUUUUGAGAUUUGGGGAUUCCGUUGGAUGGCCCGAUCGAGGGUAUGGGACUCACCUGAAUUUGAAGAUCUAUGUGUAUGAUGAGAACGAGAUUGAAGGACUCAAGCUACUGUUAUAUGGCCGUGAGGGUAAGAUUUCUCCUGAGGCUUGCAUCAAAGGCCAAUGGGGCACUCAGGUUAAAAUACACAGGUUGCUUCUGCAGUCGAGGUAUCGGACAAGAAAGAAAGAAGAGGCGGAUCUGUUCUUUGUGCCGACUUCUGUUAAAUGCGUUCGAAUGAUGGGUGGCUUGAGUGAUAAAGAGAUCAACCAAACUUACGUCAAGGUUUUAGGUCAAAUGCCAUAUUUCAGGUUAUCUGGUGGGCGCAACCAUAUUUUUGUCUUCCCAAGUGGUGCUGGAGCUCACUUGUUCAAGUCUUGGGCAACAUAUUUGAACCGUUCCAUAAUUCUGACUCCCGAGGGAGACCGCACAGAUAAACGAGACACUAGUGCCUUCAAUACGUGGAAAGACAUCAUCAUACCUGGAAAUGUUGAUGAUGGGAUGACAGCUAACGGGGCUAGGCUGGUUGACCCUUUGCCUUUAUCAAAAAGGAAGUAUUUGGCAAACUUUUUAGGUCGAGCACAAGGAAAGGUUGGCCGUUUGCAACUAAUAGAGCUCGCAAAGCAAUUCCCUGAUAAGUUGGAAUCCCCUGAGUUGAAGUUGAGUGGCCCGGACAAACUUGGAAGAGCGGAAUACUUUAAACACCUCCAAAAUGCAAAAUUCUGCUUAUCUCCACGUGGAGAAUCCUCGUGGACUCUUCGCUUUUACGAGUCAUUCUUUGUGGAAUGUGUUCCGGUUAUCUUAUCAGAUCAAGUAGAAUUACCUUUUCAGAAUAUAGUCGACUACAGACAGAUAUCUAUUAAAUGGCCUUCUACUCGCAUAGGACCCGAACUUUUGGAUUACUUGGAAUCUAUUCCAGAUAAUGAUAUUGAGGACAUGAUAGCUCAAGGUAGAAAGGUAAGGUGCUUAUGGGUUUAUGCUCCUGAAUCCGAGUCGUGCUCUGCGUUCACUGGCAUUAUGUGGGAACUUCAAAAGAAAGUGACGCAAUUCCAUCAGUCUACGGAGACAUUCUGGCUGCAUAAUGGAUCUAUAGUGAACAGAGAUUUGGUAGAAUUUAGCAAAUGGAAACCUCCCUUGCCAUUGCCUUAAAUAUGGUCUGGAGGGGACAUUUUGUCUCUACUAUUCUUUACAAUAUAUUGCGAAGAGAGAGAGAGAGAGAGAGAUGACAUGCUUUCGUAGCAUAUUUGCUGUAUAGAAACGACGAUGUUGAAUUUUUCGAGGCAAAUAGAUUACUUUUUUCCCCCCUCUCA